AUAAACGUGUUGACAACUGGCCUAUGAUGCAAUCUCCUUUUCCAACAUUGACAAUAAGCACGCUUUACCUCCUUACUGUUUGGCUUGGUCCUAGAUGGAUGAAGACAAGAGAGCCUUUCCAGUUUCGUUUUUUGUUGAUUUUUUACAACUUUGGAAUGGUUCUACUUAAUUUCUAUAUUUUCAAAGAGCUGUUUUUGUCAUCAAGAGCUCGAGGAUACAGCUAUAUCUGUCAGUCUGUGGAUUACUCAGAUAAUGAAUAUGAAGUCAGGAUAGCAGGAGCGUUAUGGUGGUACUACAUAUCAAAAGGGAUUGAGUAUCUGGACACAGUGUUCUUCAUCCUAAGAAAGAAAUUUAAUCAAAUCAGUUUUCUUCAUGUCUAUCACCAUUUCACUAUGUUUACUUUGUGGUGGAUUGGCAUAAAAUGGGUUGCAGGAGGACAAGCAUUUUUUGGAGCUCAUAUGAAUGCUUUCAUUCAUGUUGUUAUGUAUAUGUACUAUGGACUAGCUGCCUGUGGCCCAAAAUUCCACAAGUACCUUUGGUGGAAGCGAUAUUUGACCAUAAUGCAAUUAAUUCAGUUCCAUGUGACUAUUGGCCACACCGCCCUGUCUAUUUACAUUGAUUGCCCCUUUCCUAAAUGGAUGCACUGGGGUGUCAUUGUCUAUGCCACCACUUUCAUUUUUCUGUUUGGUAACUUCUACUAUCGGACAUACAAGAUGCCCAAGCAGCCAGGAAAGAAUGGCAAGAUCACCAAUGGCGUAAUAGCAAAUGGUAUAAGCAAACCAGAAAACGGUGCAGUUGUGGAAAACGGAAAAAUGCAGAAGAAAGCAAAAGGAGAGUAA